UAUCGAAAUUCGAUAUAAAUAAAUAGUUUCAACAUCCCUAUAGUUUUAUAAAAAUGUCUUUUUCCGCCACCGGUGAUUGUCAAUUGGUUUCCCAGAUUUACAAAUACAAGACGCACCGCGUCGUAUGCAAUGUCAAAGUGCUUCCAACACCUGUGACCCAUUUUGAGCGGGAAUCUAGGAAUGACUUUCACUGGAUGACGGCCGACCGAUGGACCAGGAUCGAGAGUGGCCUGUGGCUGAUGUUGGAAAACCUGGCUCAGUGGAAGGAUGCCCAGAAGUUAAACACAGAAUUGCUGAUCGAUCACAUUAAUGUCCGUGUCCAGGCCACCGAGAAGCCGCAUCCUGCCGCACAUACUCUUUCAGCUGGCUUUGAAAUCACACCGGAGGAUCUCAACCUUGAGCUUCAGCUGCAGUAUAUAACAUAUGAAAAUACCGCCAUUUUGGGAGUUCACACAACCAAGCGUAGGCAUGCCACGGAAGCACCUCCCAAUGGCUCCAGUAGCAACAGACCAAGGUCAGCAAAGACUCGUGUCAAUGCAAAACGGUCGAGACCUAAACACAUCGAUGCCGACGACGACGAGGAUGAAGUACCUGCAGAGAGCCUAGUGCCUUCCAAAAAUAAACGCGAAAGGAGAUCGAUUUCCCAAGGUAGUGGAACUAAAAAGUCUUUAGUCAAUGGACUUGAUUCUCGGCAAGAAAAUGUGAAGCCAACUCCUCCAAAGAGGAGCUCUAGAGCCAGCUCCGCAGAGCCUAAGCCCGCUCGUCGGUCUGUCCGAUCACCCAUUCGCCCUGGGCGCUUCAAAAACUUCGUCGUGGGAGAUGCGACUUCUCGCAGAUCCAAGCCAGAAAAGAAGGCCUCCAAACCCAAACCCAAGAAAGCAACAUCUCCCUUGCCAACGACAGAGUCAAAAGUGGAGCAAAUGGAUGUCGCUCACUUUGAUGCUCUUCAGCGGCUGGACAGCAUUCUGGACAUUCCGAAGCCGCGUGAAGUUGAGAUUUUACUGUUGGAAAAUAUGAGCGAACAAGAUGUUCUCGAUACCUUUGACACUUACAAAAGCGACUUCGACACCUUGUUCAAAGAGCGCCAGAACAAACACCACACCACAAGCUACAUGAGCAUUGAUCAUAUGCAUAUCAUGGAUAUUCUUAACAAAAGCAUCCACGAAACCAUGAUAAAAAAGCUAGCUGAGAGCUACAGCAAGCGGAGCGCCCACACAUCCCUGUUAAUCAACGGUAUGCUGCCCCUCUGGAUCCUCCGUCUUUUUAUGGACACCUAUAAGUUGUCGCGUUCAGAGGCUGUGUGCCAGAUUAGGGAUCAAAUGAAGUACAGUUCAUAUAUGAAGGCCUUGAACGAUGAACCACUGUGCUCGGACUUGGACUGAUCACGUAUUACAUCUGAAUGUUUUUCAAUCACCAUGGAAUCAUUCAGAACCCUCCCUAGUGGCCAGACCGAAACGAAUGGCAGCCUGGCCUAUAAGUCUA